CCGGAUCACCCACCUCGAGGGUGAUGGUCUUCCCCGUGAGGGUUUUGACGAAAAUCUGCAUCCUGGCGUCGGACCACCUGCAGGAGAACAAGGAGCAGACGUUAGUGUCGCGGUCGGAGCGCAGACUUCAGCUAAGAUGGAGGAUAUUUGUGAUAUUUGUCAGUUUGACGCGGAGCCGCUUCUUACCGCAGCUUCAACGCUAAUGGCGGAGCAUGAGAAGAGGUCCUGCGCAGUCAGACACGGGGUUUUCUCGGCGCGUCUGCACGGAGUAGGUGGCCCUUCUCAGCGCCUGGUCGAAAAUACACUAAAAUAAUAUAUUUAUUUUUGUUGAUAUAUCGUCUUUUUAAGUCACGUGUAUUUGGAUUCAUUUUCAUCGACAUUUUCCACAUAUAUUUUAAAUGAGUUAAAGAACUACAAAGGGGUCGUGUCACUGUAGUUUUCACAGUAACCAUGGCAACGUGUAAUAAUGGCCUCCCGGGGGAAAACGUCGACGUUUAGCGGAAGAAGAAAUAAAACAGAUAAAAUAAUAAAGAUGUCGAAGCCGAAAAACUCCAGGAAAACAGCAGAAGAAAGAGUUUUAACUUUUAACUCGUUGGUUUCAGACACAGAUGAAGGUUUGGUUCAGGUUAAAGAUCAUGAAGAGGAAGAGGAGCAGCGCUUCAUCAUCAGUCGCUCCGAGUUCAACAAGGUGAUAGGUCGAGCGACGACCUAUAAGAGACUCCUGUUGACCAUAAAGACAGAGUACGAGGAUUUCAUCAGUGAGCUGAAGAGGAGGGAGGAUGAAGACAAGAAGGCCCAGCGAACUGUGGCAUCCUUAACGUCACUUCCAAAAUCAUUGAUGACCUGCCAGAGAAGAGCCGAGCAGCUGAGGGUCAGGAUCUCUGACCUUCAGAAUGAAACAUCAAACCUUCUGGAGGAGCAGAGGAGACAGAAAUCAUCUGAAGGGCAGAGCACAUGGAUUCCUGGUUUGACUGUGGCUGAGUCUGAGGAUCCUGAGGCUCUGGACGAGCACCUGAGGCGUCUCGAGGCCCAGAGAGCUGCUCUCCUGGACAGGAAGAGUCGCUGCGUCUCUCUGGAGGUCAAAGCUCGGCUGGACGUCGAGCUGCAGAGCGCCGAGGGCCACAGAGAAGAGCUGAGCACAGAGAACCGUCAACUGAAAGUUCUAUACAAGCGUCUGAGAUGUGUGUGUGACCAUUUGUCUCGCUGGGAGGAGGAGGAGGAGCAGGUUCCGCUGGAGGAACUCCUGGGUUCUACUCUGGAGAACAUCAGACAGACCAGCGUGACGGACGAUGACGAUGAUGAAGAGUUGUUUGAGACAGAAGAGCCGACUGGAGUCAACGGGUCCGAACUUGUAGCAGAUUACCUGGACAGGUUCAUUGAGCUCUUUGACUCGGCUCAGUAUGAGGACGCUGCUCUCGUUGCUGCCAGAUCUCCUCAAGGAGUCCUGAGGAACGUCCACACCAUGGAGAUGUUUAAAGGUGUGACAGCUGCCCAGGGGUCAGUCCCCCCUCUCCUCCUCUUCUUCCAGGCCCUACUGAUCACUGCCCCCCCUGGUACCCAGCUGUCGGCUCCUCUCUCGCUGCACUGCAUCCUCUUCGCCCUGCGUCAUGGCGCCUCGCAGCUCGUCACCCACGCCAUCACCCAGAACAAACUCACCUUUUCUGAGCACCUGGGUGACAUCCUUAUUGAGCACGCUCUGGAAAACGCCAGCGUGGCCGACCUGUGUCUGGCGUUGGCCACUGUCGUCUAUGAGGCCUGUGGGCUGAACAGGAAGACGGCACUGAGCAUGUGCAGGAGAGGCCUCAUCCACAGCGCCGCCAAGUUCAUGCACCACUGCAAGGACAUCACAGCUGAGGACUUUAUUUGGGUUCUGUGUCGCUCGCCCAGCCUCACCCUCCUCCAGCUGUUGACGGAGCCUCAGCACAGUGUUCGGGCGGCCAUCUUGUCAGUGGGUAGGGCGUGUUCCACUCUGCUGGUUGACCCUCAUCAUGGGGAGUUAGCGCUGCAGCUCCUGGACAGUUUCGUCAGCCGAGGUCGAGAGGUUUUGGAGAAUGCAAUCCUGGAGGACAGCGACUCAUCGGUGGACGUUUGGAUCAAUGUUGCGUCUCUGUGCUCUGAGCUGAAACGACCUGACCUGAACCGGGCCAUCAUGUCCGUCCUUCUGGACCAGAGCGGGACCAGAGUCCUGUCCCCGGACCUGGAGGGAGCCCGUCUCAUGGAACACGUCUUCCUAUGAAGACAAGGCGUGAACGUUCUCCCACACAACAACACACGGCCUAACAACAGCAAAUACUCCUCUUCCUCACACAGAUUCUGGUUGUUGUUGUGUAAAGGCUUAAAUAUGUGAACGGACUCUGGUUCAAAAUGAGGAACCACACAAUAAUUCUAUUAUUCUUCAAAGUGUCAAUUAUAUGAAUGAAAACAUUUGAUUCAGUCCAGUUGUUAUAAUUCCUGAAUCAUCCGUCAUCAUCAUCAUCAGUGUCACAAUCAGGCCUGUCACUGUGCCUCCUGACCUUUGACCUUUAGCUGGUGUCAGUGAAAUGACUCAGGCAAAAACUAAAAGCUGAAACAGUGGCGGCUAAUGGCCAGCAGGGGGGGAACAGGUUCACAAACUGAAGCUGAGAUCAAAGUGGCCUUAAAACAUAAAGGUAUGGAAAUCAGGCAAAUAUAAGUGCAAUAAUAUCAUCGUCAAAAAUCACACCCUGACACGACCUGAAGCUUAUAUAGGCUAAAAAAAACAUUUAUGAUCAUAUGGUAGGAAUUACGUCAUCAUGACGUCACUAUGAAGUCAGAGAAUAAUGUCAUGUAGUGAAACAGUGCAUUGGAACAAUCAAUGAGAUUAGAGACACAAUCUACUGUUUGUUUAGAUUAACCAAUCAUCCGUCAUGAUUAAAUGACAUCAUCACAACAUAACAAACUGUCACCAUUGUCUGAUCAGGGUUCAAACAGCAUCGAGCCUCUGAUAAUAACAUUACAACUAGAAUAGUACUGAGACUGAAAUAUGUGACAGAGUACAGUAUCUAUAACUGUAAAAGUAAGGUAGGAGAGGAAAGAAGAAAAAAACAAAGUGAAAUAUUUGGACAGUUUUUUAAAUGGAACACUGACUGCAACCAUCAUGUAAAUGUUUUCGAGUAAUGACACAAAAUGGAAAUAUUCAAGUAAAAUACUUUAAAGUCUUUGAGGUACUUUCCACUAUUCUAUUACUGAAGGUACGUUCACAAAGUGACUGUAAACACACAGGAGAGUUAUGUUUCUCACUGAGGUGAUGCUGAGGUGAGGCAGAAAGACGAAGGAGGAGAAGAACCGAACGAAG